AUGACUACGCAGGUCGCAAAUCUCGCUUUGGAGGGUGGUGAUCCACGAGAUCCUCAUCAUCCAAUGGUAGGCGACGCUAAGGCGGUGGAAUUGGCCAUGCUAAACACUAUACACGAUCCCAGCAUCACAUUCGAAGAAUACGUCUACUGGGCUGAGAUCACUCGUGCUGAGGAGAAAGUUGCCAAUGAAAAGUUUCUUGCAGCUCAAGGACCAAAAAAGUGGACGAGCAUAUUUACAAAUCGGUUCUCUCGUGGAAAAGUUCCCCCUGGGACAUAUGACACUCCACCCGCAACAACUUCGGGAUCAAAGGAAGCGAUAGACGAAAAGUCUGUUGUCCUUGAUGGACCACGUCAAUCGGCUGUUUCGGAGGCUGAGUGGAAGACGGCGAGUCGUGCUGUCCGUACGGCUGGCUGGUCGGGUGUCUUUUACCUCAUCACAACUGAUAUCCUUGGACCUUUCAGUGUUCCUUGGGCCUUUGGGCAAAUGGGCUCUGCAGAUGGACCUGGAAUUGCUCUCUACACUGUAUUCGGUGGUUUUGCUUUAUAUUCUGGCUGGCAACUCUUCGCUAUCUUCCUUGCACUCGACUCGGAUAAAUAUCCAGCAAAAUCGUAUGGUGACCUCUUUUUCCGUGUUUUUGGAACCUGGGCUCGUCAUGCGAUCAACGUCGCUCAAAGUGUUCAACUACUGCUCACUGUAUCUAUCCUCAUUCUCUCCAACGGGCAAUCUAUUGCACAAAUCUCCAAAGGAAACCUUUGCUUCAUUGUCUGUCUGAUAAUUUUCAUGGCCGCCGGUAUGAUCUUGGGACAAAUUCGUACACUCCAGAGAUUUGGUUGGUUAGCGAAUUUCGCCGUCUGGAUCAACAUCCUCAUCAUAUUCAUCUGUAUGGGUGUUGUUGCCAACUCACCACCCAACUAUGCGACAAUAGAAUCUUCUUAUGGUUCUAACUUCGGUCCUGGUCCAGUCCACAGAUAUGCCGGCACCCCUCCCGCUGGCAAAGCGACUGGUGGAGAUGGAUUUGUCGGAUCUCUGAAUGGUCUAAACCAAGCCGUAUAUUCGUAUGGUGGUGCUAUGCUUUUCGUUGCUUUCCUGGCUGAAAUGCGUCAUCCUAUGGAUUUCUGGAAGGGUCUCAUCUGCGCCGAUCUAUUCAUCUACUUGGUCUACAUGUUCUUUGGUAUUUUUGUCUACUCCUACCAAGGGCAAUAUGCAUACAACCCUGUCAUUCAAGGUCUUUCGCCGUACAACUGGCAAACCGCAGCAAACAUCAUGAAUUUGAUCACUGGUCUUAUUGCCGCUGUACUAUACGGAAACAUUGGCAUCAAAGUUGCAUACAUUGAUGUCUUCCAAGGUAUCCUCAAGGCACCACCCUUGACCACCAGACCUGGUAAAAUUCUUUGGAUUGCCAUGGUGCCUUUGUACUGGGCAAUCGCAUUUGUCAUCUGCGCCGCCAUCCCUCAAUUCUCUUACAUAUCGGGAUUGGUUGGAGCAAUUUGCAUUUUACAAUUCACAUACACCUUCCCCGCCAUUCUCGGUGUUGGAUAUCAAAUUCAAAAAGACGCCAUGCUACCAGGAGAAGAGUCAUUCGACCCCCGAACUGGAACUUACAGUUAUGUGGAUAGAGGUGUUCAAAGAUGGAUUAGAGGAUUCAAGGUUAACUGGCUUUUCAACAUCUUCAACUUUAUAUACUUUCUCGGUGCCUUGACCACGGCGGCUUUGGGUAUCUACAGUAGUUGUCUUGGUCUGAUCAGUGCUUUUAGUGGUGCUAGUGCCGCGACUAGUUUUGGUUGCGCAUCUCCUGUUUAG